AUGAGACCCGUCAGAUCUGAAAUGGAUGCAGUAUACGCCGAACUUUUGAAGCACGUGCAUUUGCCGUCAUCGGAUUCUGAAAAGGAGAAGGUUGCUGUCAUUGUGCCGUACAGGAAUCGGAAGGAGCAUCUGCUGAAAUUUAUAGCGCGUUUGUUGCCUUUUCUCAGCAAACAAAGGGGUCAGUAUGUUGUAAUUAUUACAGAGCAGGCUGACAAUCAGGGCUUCAAUCGAGGCAAAUUGUUCAAUGCGGCUGUUACGGAGAUAAAGAAAAGUCCCCCGGGUGAUCGACUGCAUGGCAUAAACUGUUACAUACUCCACGACGUUGAUAAAGUGCCAACAUCGCCUUCCACGGUCUACGAGUGUGGGCAACAUGUCAAGCAACUGGCAACUGCAUUCCGAACUGGCACGGAAACUAGGUGGUGAGAAAUUUAUUUUACUAAAGAUGCAGAUUUAAAUUCGUAAAAACAUCCUAAAUUACUUGCACUUCAGUGAUAAUUAUUUAAAAUUCUUUCUAGAUUGUCUAUAAUAGUCACCGUCAUCCAAAUGUAUGAUUUUGUCAUUGUUACCCCUCUCGCUUUUACGCGUGUUACACCUUGUUCAAUGAAUUAUUUAUGUACAACUAUCAUCAUAAGAGGCGAGAUGUAUGUGUUGAUAUAUGCAGCCAAUGCGGUGUCGGAGAAACUAUUCCAACCCGAAUAUUAUUCCAUUGCCGAAGACAGAUAUGAUUGAAUAUAUGAUUUGUUCGAGUGCACUAAUAUAUACUUCUUAUAGAAUUGCGCUUAAAAAUGAAAACAUAUCUGUAUUGCAAGUAGAUUGCUGCCUACAUCCAGUGUUUAAUGUCGGUCGGAAUUAUGCGUACAUUGAUCUUCCGUUUUUCAUAUCUGUACGCUGUUAAAUGCCCCUUAUUGUGGUUAUUUUUUUAAAUUGGUAAAGUAAAACGUCUAGGAAUAUAAGACGUAUUACUUUGAUGGUAUUCACACGAAAAUGAAUUUGUAGGAAAAGGAAUCAAUUAUAGUGUCAUAAUGAAGGGCUAAAUUAAGGAAAAUCGAACCCACAGAGUGAUUUGCUUAUAUUCGGUAGUUAAUUCAACAAAACGAAUCAUUAACUUUAGUGCACAACAACAGAGCAAAAUAGGAUGUAAUACAAAUACAUCCGUUUGCAAAAUCGCCCAGGGUUUUGUCACAAACUAAUUUCUACGACGUUGGUAAGACAAACAUUGAAGAUACUUGACCACGAAAGAGAAGCAGAAAAUGGUGGAAUUCAGAAGAGCAUUUGGCGAGCCUAGACAUCCGAUAAAUUCUCAUCUGGCCUGCGCACUUACAGUAGAUGUGCUAACUCAUGAAAUGUCAACCAAAAUUUAGAAAUGCGUUCUCGUUUCGAAAAGAUAAAUUAAGUAAUGUUGUAAAACUAAUCAUGAUGCAGCAUAAAUCUAUAAUGUCGGCUUUCGAAAGAACUUAUUUUCGGCGGCAUGCAAGAUCUAUACUCUGCAAAAAAUGACCAUUUAUGUAGCAUGCAAUUUUCUCAUUGAUUUUUUAGUGAACUUCCUUCCUGUUGCAUGCAAAAACUACACUCUGUAAAAAAGACUGCUUAAGUAGUAUGAAUUUUUCCCAGUGAUUUUCGAUGCCCCUAAAUGUCUAGUUAUAUUUCAUAGAAAACAUGCAUAAAACUAUUCAUUCUUUUGCUCAUUAGGUAGAAAAGUGCGUCUUCUCCUAAUUUAAUGCUCUAGGGGGGGACAUAAUCCGGUUUUAAAAGAGUUUCUAAUUAUUGGGCUUUGAAAUACCGUAUAAUAGCCGUUCAUUUAUCGUCAUGUCUCUGCAUUUACCAAUAUGGCUUGUAAAGUUAACAAAAUGGAUCAAACCCACUGCUAACGUUUAUGAACCCUAUAUGGUCCCUCCUUAUCACCGUAUAGAAAUGUAUGGUUUGCCGUACGCGGAGAAUAUACAGCUUGUAGUUUGGGAACCCUGAAUCCAAGUGUAACGGUAGAGCGGGUUCAAAAUUAUUCGGGAAUUGGAAAAGUUUUUUAAAACCGAAUUAUGUCCCUCCGUCGAGUAUAAGAUUGGAAGAAGACGUAAUUUUCUAUCGAAUGAACAAAGGAAUUAAUAUUUUUAUGCAUGUUUUCCAUGAAAUCUAAUAGGACUUUUAGAGGUAUCGAAAAUCAAUGAGAAAAAUUCAUGCUACUUAAGUUGUCAUUUUUUGCAGAGUAUAGAUCUUGCAAGCAGCCGAAAAUAAGUUCUUUCGAAAGCCGACACCCUGAGGUAACUUGAUCAUUAAAGAUUUAUGCUGCUUAAUUUGUCUUUUCGAAACAAGAACGCAUUUCGAAAUUUUGCCUGGCAUUUCAUAAGUUAGCACAUCUACUGGAACGAGGCACAAACUGAGACUUGUGAACGAUAAGUGCAAUCGACUAAGGUUCGUCUUUUCAUACAAACGGAGUAUGUAAAUAAAGGGGAGGGAAGGGAAGGGUGGCAAUAAGUGACAGUGAGGGUUAGGCAUGGCCGUGUCAAAUGGGGAGAGAAGGGCGAGGGGGGAACGGGGGCGCGGAGACAUGCAUAUAGUUAAUUGAUCCUUGACCACGGCAGAAGUUCGUCUGUGCUCACAGGGCCGGAAUCUGUAGCUUAAUGGCAGUUGCUUCUGUUGUUGCUUGUAAGCGAAGAUCUAGUCGCUUAAAGUAUUUAGGUGGGACCUUAUAAAUCACACGGAAGGCUUCCUCGGGAUCCACACGAUACACAGACUCGUACCGAGAAGGGUGUUAUGUGUGACAUUUUUGAGGUCCAUAGAUAACUACUGUUAUUUUCUUGUACAACCUGAUGAGCUGGAGAUAUUAUUGUGAAUAAAGCGUGGAGUUUAUAUUUCGGCAAAAUAAAUACACUCGAUGUGUUCGGAUAUUUUGGCAUGGUAUGCAUUUCAAAGACGACUUUAUCGUUGGACUAACAUGCACAAAUUUCCAAUUGCAUUUCAGGUUGUACAGCACAUUUCUCGGGGGCGCGACUGCCUUCACGUGGGAACAGAUUGAAAAAAUCAAUGGUGCUUCUAAUAUUUUCUACGGUUGGGGUGGCGAAGACGAUGACCUGUCUCUUCGACUGCACUUGAAUAACAUUACCGUUGAUCGAACUGUAGGCAGUGACGGUAUUUUUGACGAGUUUGACGCCAAUCAUCCACGAGAUGAAAAUAAGGAUCGCAUUAAAUUAACUACUAUGGACAGUGUGUCCUCCCGUUGGAUGAAUGAUGGAAUCAAUCAAACACGGUACCAUCUUCUUAGCAGAUUUGACUACGAAUAUUUCAUUUGGCUUCUCGUGUCCAUUUGA